AUGACUGACACCUGCAGCGCGUUCGCAGUGGAGAUGCUCUCAGAGGCGCUUCAGCAGCAGCAGCAGCAGCUCACGGAGGAGCGGAGAGCAGCAGACGGGGCGCUCCACUGCAGCGCCGUCCUUCACGUCAUCUUUGGAAUAAUCUGCUUCCUCGGCAUCAUGGGAAACUGCAUUGUCAUCUACACGAUCAUGAAGAAGACCAAGUGCCGUGCAAAGCAGACCGUCCCUGACAUCUUCAUCUUAAAUCUGUCCAUCGUAGACCUCCUCUUCCUCCUCGGCAUGCCGUUCCUCAUCCACCAGUUGCUGGGCAACGGUACCUGGCGGUUCGGAGCCGCGAUGUGCACGGUCAUCACCGCUCUUGACUCCAACAGCCAGAUUGUCAGCACUUACAUCCUCACGGCGAUGACCCUGGACCGUUACUUAGCUACUGUCCAUCCCAUCCGCUGCAACUACAUCCGCACGCCUUGCGUGGCGACGCUGGUCAUUGUCCUGGUCUGGGGUCUGUCCUUACUCACCAUCAUCCCGGUGUGGAUGUAUGCGGGCCUGAUGCCUCUCCCGGAUGGCCUGGUAGCCUGCGCUCUCCUUCUGCCUGACCCAGUCACCGACACCUACUGGUUUACGCUGUACCAGUUCUUCUUGGCGUUUGCGAUACCUCUGGCCAUCAUCUGCCUGGUGUUCUUCAAGAUCCUCCAGCACAUGUCCACCAGCGUGGCACCGCUGCCUCCGCGGAGUCUGAGGGUGCGCACCAGAAAGGUGACCCGGAUGGCGGUGGCCAUCUGCUUGGCUUUCUUCACCUGCUGGGCCCCGUAUUACAUCCUCCAGCUGGUCCACCUCGGGGUGCAGAAGCCAAGCCUGGCUUUCUCCUACGCCUACAACAUAGCCAUCAGCAUGGGCUACGCCAACAGUUGCAUCAACCCUUUUUUGUACAUUAUCCUGAGCGAGACCUUCAAGAGGCAGUUCCUCAGGGCGGUGCGCCCCGUUAAUCGGAAGUUUCGCGUGAAUCCGAGCACCACCGACGGUGGCAGCAUGAGUGUGAGGAUGGUGCCUGAAGGGGGUCAUCAGGAGCCGGCCUGUGAGGAGAUGAUACCGUCCAACGUGGCUCCACAAUGAAGCAGUGGAUAAAAAUCAAACACACACAUUUACACAGUGAAGGCUGCACGUCAAUACAAUAUUUGAGAGUCUGUCUGUAUGCUAAUUAAGGAGGCCGUCCUAACGCAGUCUGAAGGAGGAUUGGUUAGCUCGGGGGCCUACAGUUGGAGCCCGCGUCAAUUUAACACAGAG